AUGACGCUUAAAGAGCUACUGACUGACGACCAAUGGCGCAGUGUGAUCCACACCACCGCCGGGCUCGGAGCCGGCGCCCUCUCGACUGUGCUCUUGUACCCACUUGACCUCGUCAAAGUGCGCUACCAAGUGCACGAGAAGUCGACGCACGCCUAUCGCUCCUUGGGUCACGCCUUCCGCUCGAUCGUCGCCGAAGAGAGUCUACGCGCGCUGUUCCACGGCAUGAGUCCAGCGCUCUACGGCGCCACGCUCUCCUGGGGCAUCUACAUGCUCGUGUACCAGAACGCUAAGAUGCGCUACGCUCGGAUGGCCGAUGAAGGCUGGAUCCAGGGAUCGUGGCAGCACUUUUUCUCGGGCAUUGAAGCGGGCAUGAUCUGCGUGCCUCUGACGAACCCCAUUUGGCUCAUUAAAGUCCGUAUGCAGGUGCAGAGCAAUCGAAGGAUGCAAGCGAGUGUAGCAGGAAAAGACGCGGCCACGAAAUUGGUGGUGACCGCUCGCUAUCGAAAUGUUGCAGACGCGUUCCGGCAAAUUGUCGCGACGGAAGGCGUGUCGGCACUGUACAAAGGUAUGAUCCCUGCGCUGUUCCUUACGACAAAUGGAGCUAUCAAGUUUGUCGCGUACGAGCGACUCAGGAGUUUGUAUCAGACGCACUGGAGUUAUGAGAUGGACGUGAUUCCGACGCUACUGAUGGGUGCCGUGGCGCAGUCCAUUGCAUCAACAACGACGUACCCGUAUCAGGUGAUUAAAGCUCGUCUGCAGCAGGGAGGACCCGUGGCGGACAAGUAUACGGGCACGUGGGACUGUACAGUCAAGACGAUUCGACACGAAGGGUAUAUCGGGUUGUUUAAGGGCUUGUCGGCGAACAUUCUCAAGGUCAUGCCGACUGGAGCGAUCAUCUUUGCCGCCUAUGAGCAGAUCCAAAGCACCAUGAAUGCUAUACUGCUGGACAAGUGA